CGAAGGACCCACAAACGGCGGCUCAUCGUUGAGUUUAAUGGAAAUUGUUAGUACAAAUUAUACUUUAUCCAUCUGAAAUCUGAAACAUCAUAGAUAACACGCCGUUUUGAGCUGGGCUUAGUGCUCUUUUUGCAGCCCCUGAAGAUCCUGGUGGGAAAACCACAGAAAGGGAGCCAUGUUUCUGUACAACAUCACCCUGCAGCGUGCCACUGGCAUCACUCAUGCCAUCCAUGGGAACUUUUCAGGAACCAAGAUGCAGGAGAUCGUUGUUUCCAGGGGAAAGAUCAUAGAAUUAUUGCGGCCAGAUGCCAACACGGGAAAGGUUCACACUCUGCUCACAGUGGAGGUGUUUGGUAUCGUCAGAUCCCUGAUGGCCUUCAGACUCACCGGAGGAACCAAAGACUACAUUGUUAUUGGCAGUGACAGUGGACGUAUUGUCAUCCUGGAAUAUCAUCCAUCAAAAAACAUGUUUGAGAAGAUCCACCAGGAAACGUUUGGAAAGAGUGGCUGCAGACGCAUCGUCCCUGGACAGUUCCUGGCCGUGGACCCAAAAGGCAGAGCUGUGAUGAUAGGAGCGACAGAGAAACAGAAGCUGGUUUAUAUUCUGAACAGAGAUGCAGCUGCGAGGCUCACCAUUUCCUCUCCACUGGAAGCCCACAAAGCCAACACACUGGUGUAUCACGUAGUGGGAGUCGACGUCGGCUUUGAAAACCCCAUGUUUGCCUGCCUGGAGAUGGACUAUGAGGAGGCUGACAGUGACCCGACAGGAGAAGCUGCCGCCAACACGCAACAGACGCUCACCUUUUACGAGCUGGACCUCGGGUUGAAUCACGUGGUGCGAAAGUACAGUGAGGCUUUGGAAGAGCAUGGAAACUUUCUCAUCACUGUUCCUGGUGGUUCGGAUGGUCCCAGUGGAGUUCUGAUCUGCUCCGAAAACUACAUCACCUACAAGAACUUUGGAGACCAGCCUGACAUCCGCUGUCCCAUCCCGCGACGCAGGAACGACCUGGAUGACCCGGAGCGCGGCAUGAUUUUUGUCUGCUCAGCAACUCACAAGACCAAGUCCAUGUUCUUCUUCCUGGCCCAAACUGAGCAGGGAGACAUCUUCAAGGUUACGCUGGAAACAGAUGAGGAAAUGGUCACAGAAAUCCGGCUGAAAUACUUUGACACAAUCCCCGUGGCAACAGCCAUGUGUGUCCUGAAGACUGGCUUCUUGUUUGUGUCUUCAGAAUUUGGCAACCAUUACCUUUACCAGAUUGCUCACUUGGGUGACGAUGACGAGGAGCCCGAGUUCUCCUCUGCAAUGCCCCUGGAGGAGGGAGACACCUUCUUCUUCCAGCCCCGCCCCCUCAAGAACCUCGUGCUGGUGGACGAACAGGAGAACUUAUCCCCCAUCAUGACCUGUCAGAUUGCUGAUUUGGCCAAUGAAGAUACACCACAGUUGUACGUUGCCUGUGGACGAGGACCACGGUCUACUCUGAGGGUCCUUAGACAUGGACUGGAGGUAUCAGAGAUGGCUGUGUCUGAGCUGCCCGGUAACCCUAAUGCUGUGUGGACAGUACGCAAACAUGUAGAAGAUGAGUUUGAUGCCUACAUCAUCGUGUCUUUCGUGAACGCUACUCUGGUUCUUUCCAUCGGAGAGACUGUAGAGGAAGUGACAGAUUCUGGAUUCCUAGGAACAACACCCACUCUCUCCUGCUCGCUGCUCGGUGAAGACGCGUUGGUGCAGGUGUACCCAGACGGUAUCCGCCACAUCCGAGCAGACAAGCGUGUGAACGAGUGGAAGACUCCUGGCAAGAAAACCAUUGUGCGCUGCGCUGUGAACCAGCGACAGGUCGUCAUCGCUCUCACUGGAGGGGAGCUGGUCUACUUUGAGAUGGACCCGUCUGGCCAGCUGAAUGAGUACACAGAGCGUAAGGAGAUGUCUGCAGAUGUGGUGUGUAUGAGCCUGGCUAACGUCCCUCCUGGUGAGCAGCGCUCGCGGUUCCUCGCUGUGGGACUGGUAGACAACACCGUGCGAAUCAUCUCCCUGGACCCUUCGGACUGCCUCCAGCCGUUGAGUAUGCAGGCCCUGCCAGCCCAGCCUGAGAGUCUGUGUAUUGUUGAGAUGGGAGGAGUGGAGAAACAGGAUGAACUCGGAGAAAAGGGAACCAUCGGCUUCCUCUACCUCAACAUAGGGCUCCAGAACGGCGUGCUGCUGAGGACUGUUUUGGAUCCAGUGACUGGCGACCUGUCAGACACCAGAACACGCUACCUGGGGUCCCGACCCGUCAAGCUCUUCAGAGUCAGGAUGCAGGGGCAGGAAGCUGUUCUGGCCAUGUCCAGUCGCUCCUGGCUGAGCUACUCGUACCAGUCGCGCUUCCAUCUGACCCCGCUGUCAUACGAGACUCUGGAGUACGCUUCUGGCUUUGCCUCUGAGCAAUGCCCUGAAGGCAUCGUCGCCAUUUCCACCAACACACUGAGAAUCUUGGCUUUGGAGAAAUUGGGAGCAGUCUUCAACCAGGUGGCCUUUCCUCUGCAGUACACUCCGAGGAAGUUUGUAAUCCACCCGGAGACCAACAACCUCAUUUUGAUCGAGACCGACCACAAUGCCUACACCGAGGCAACCAAAGCCCAGAGGAAGCAACAAAUGGCUGAGGAGAUGGUGGAGGCUGCUGGUGAAGAUGAAAGAGAACUGGCCGCUGAGAUGGCUGCUGCGUUCCUCAACGAGAACCUCCCAGAAGCUAUUUUUGGUGCACCUAAAGCCGGAGCAGGGCAGUGGGCCUCACUGGUGCGGCUCAUCAACCCCAUACAGGGAACAACACUGGACCUGGUGCAGCUGGAACAGAACGAAGCUGCGUUCAGUGUUGCAGUGUGUCGCUUCCCCAACACAGGAGAUGAUUGGUAUGUCCUGGUGGGCGUUGCCAGAGACAUGAUCCUCAACCCCAGAUCAGUGAGCGGGGGAUUCAUCUACACCUAUCGGCUCAUCAGCGGAGGGGAGAAACUGGAGUUUGUGCACAAAACACCAGUCGAGGACGUUCCUCUGGCUAUUGCUCCAUUCCAGGGUCGCAUCCUGGUGGGAGUGGGCAAACUGUUGAGAAUCUACGACCUGGGAAAAAAGAAGCUGCUUCGCAAGUGUGAAAACAAGCACGUUCCCAACCUGGUGACCAGCAUCCACACCAUCGGCCAGCGUGUGAUCGUGACGGACGUUUCGGAGAGCCUGUUCUGGGUCCGCUACAGACGCAACGAGAACCAGCUGAUCAUCUUCGCCGAUGACACGUAUCCCCGCUGGGUGACCACGGCCUGUCUGCUCGACUACGACACCAUGGCCGCCGCUGACAAGUUUGGGAACAUCAGUAUCGUGCGCCUUCCGCCCAACACCAGCGAUGAUGUGGAUGAAGACCCCACUGGGAACAAAGCUCUAUGGGACAGAGGCCUCCUUAAUGGAGCAUCACAGAAGGCUGAGGUGAUUAUGAACUACCACGUAGGAGAGACAGUGUUAUCCAUCCAGAAAACCACUCUGAUCCCCGGAGGCUCCGAGUCCAUGGUCUACACCACGCUGUCCGGAGGCAUCGGCAUUCUGGUCCCGUUCACGUCACAUGAGGACCAUGACUUCUUCCAGCAUUUAGAGAUGCACAUGCGCUCUGAGUUCCCCCCACUCUGCGGCAGAGACCACCUCAGCUUCAGAUCCUAUUACUUCCCAGUCAAGAAUGUGAUUGACGGAGAUCUGUGUGAGCAGUUUAACAGCAUGGAUCCUCACAAGCAGAAAAGUGUGGCGGAGGAGCUGGACAGAACACCGCCCGAGGUGUCUAAGAAACUGGAGGACAUUCGUACUCGCUACGCCUUCUAAUCGUACACCCUCAUGCAGCAGGGCUGGACACACACACACACACACACACACACACACACACACACACACACACACACACACACACACACACACACACACUGUGCCCAGGUUCAGGAAACAAAUUGAUGAAUUGUUAUAUGUGGGCAGACACACACCUUAUUACGCAGAAACAAACUGCAAGACGUCACAUGGUUUUGAUUCCCGUACAUUGCAAGUCACACACAGCUCACCCUUGCAACGCAAACACCCGCAAUUAAAACUAUGAGUGUGCAAACUUUCAGUAUUGCCGUCAUUACCUGGAAACAUGGCAGGAAGUCUCGGGCCAGUUCAGCCCUCUUGCAUUGCUAGACUGUUAAAUUACCUUGAUUCAGACAAACAGCAGUGGGAACAUUCUCAUCACACUUAGUCAUAAGCGUUGUUCACACACAGAUGUGUGAACAGAAACUGAGGAGCAACUGUCAUCUGCACCUCAAGUACAUGCAACCAAAAUAAUUGUAAGUGCAUACAUUUUAUUUAAAUGCCAAGCAGAGAAGUCUAGUUAGGGACACAAUGUGUAGAGAGGGAUUGUCACUGAAAUCUAAGAACAUUUUUUUUGUCUGUUAUUCAGCACGACAGUGUGUUUGUGUCCUUUAAUCUCAGCUGAAUGAAACAUGUUUUUGUAUGGUAAGGUCUUUUUUUAUGUGUAUUGAUUAGAAUUAUGCCAUAAUGCAUAUACCAUAGUCCAUGAGGGUAUCAUUAAAUCUUUCUUAGCCCCUCGCCCUACCUGUCUGUUUGAUGACAUGUCGGCCUCUUUAAAGCAUAUUGCUUACUUGCAACUGGGAACCAAACAGAAGCCAGCGUCUGACCCACGUUUCUGGCAUUAGACGUCGGCCGGACUCAGACUAAAUAAGUGGGUGGAAGAACACCGAAGGUUUGCACUGGGUGUUGUUCUUCUCAGUCCUGUAAAUUCCCAACCUCAGCCACAGGCUCAGACAUAGCAUUCCUCAGUAGUCACUGAAUUUAGGGGUUUGUGGGAUGGGGGCAGUGGUCUGUUUUUUGUAAAUAAAGUUGUUGUUUUUUUGUGCUUUUAUAAAACCAUGCGUUUGGUUCAUUUCCUGCCACUGAAACAUCGAUCAGCCAAAUGAUUCAUGAGUGCAUUUGUUUUAAUCAUGAAGAAAUUAGAGGUCCAGUAUUAAGUUGUGUGAUUCGUCAUGGUAUCCGCACAGGGAAUGUAAUUAUUAUUAAAAGUGAUACUAACUCUUAUCUGAUUUAGACCUUGUACAAACAAAUAGCAGAUUAAACACCUGAGGAGCGAAAUACAGCAACAUUCCUCUUAGGCUGUAAUAAUGCUUUCCCCUAUAA